AUGUUGCUGGCACAAUUGGCAUCCCUCAUGGGACUGUUGCCACCUACUCCAAUUCCUGAGCCCCAAGCUCUGGCACCUGCAGCCACUACUGCCUUGGUUGACCACACCCCUGCAGAGCCCACACCUGUGACCAUCAUCAUCCAGGAACUGGACCCCAGCCCCACUCUCGACCUCCCAACCUUCAACAUGCUCCCAGACAUCCCAUUGUCCACAUCCACCAUCAUGCCUUCUCACACACCCUCUCCUUUGCUCCCCAAUCCUCUGGACCCUCCAUCCCCUCUCAUGCCAACUGUUUCACCUGACUGUCUGGCCUCUGUCCCAGAUGCUGCCACACUGGCAGACCCUACCACACCUACUCACCAGGCACUCAAUGCCUUUGAGCCUGGCCCUGAUCAUCUUCCUGCUGACUCUCCCUUGACUGGCCACAUGUCUCUCAAUUGUCCAUCAAAUGCAGACCAUCUUGGAGAAUCUGGUCUCCAAUGGCACAUGUAUCAUCUGGACUGGCACAUUGAGCUUGUCAAGCAUACCUCGAAGGAUGGUGGCUUUCCUAUCUACCUGCCUGUCCCCUGCAACCAGUGUCACAUUGCUCAAGCUAACAACUCAGUGCAGUCCCAAGCCUGGGUCCAGGCACUUUGCAUGGGCCCUACCCCUCUGGCUCUCACUCCUCCUCAGUACCCUGCCAAACCCAUCAUCAAAAUCACCCAAAGGCCUUCUCAUGCUUCAAAACAUGCUUGUGUCAAGUCUCCAUCCCCUAGUCCAACUCCUCCUCCCUCAACUUCUGGUGCAUCCUCCUCCAAUUUGGCUCCAAUCACCUCAACCUUGACCUCCCCUUCCUUGCUACCUUCGCUCUCCAACACCAAAAUGCCAGUCGUGCUUCACAACCAAAGUGUUGGACCAGGCUUCGAAGGGUCAUGUCACAUCCAAGAAGGCAUUGGGUAA